ACCCAGGGGGGGGUCCAGCGGGCGGAGCGUAGCCUCGAGAUUUAUUCUGGUCCCGCAGCCGGAGCGAGCAUCCUGGGAUUGCGGCCCCGCGCCCAGCACCCGAUUCCCGACCAUGCCUGGCCCCUUGCUGCCCGCGCUCGGCGCCCUGCUCUUCGCCUCUGGCCUCCUGGCCUCCUCGGGUGACCUGUGUGACUCCAGCCAGUGUCUGAAUGGAGGGACCUGCUUGCUGAGCCAGGACAAUGACUCCUUCUACUGCCUCUGCCCCGAGGGCUUCGCCGGCCUCCUCUGCAAUGAGACCGAGGAAGGUCCCUGCGUCCCAAACCCCUGCCUCAAUGACGCCGAGUGUGAGGUGAUAGAAGACUCACACCGAGGGGACAUAUUCGCCCAGUACAUCUGCACCUGCCCUCGGGGCUACACCGGCGUCCACUGUGAGAAUGUCUGCGCCAUGCCGCUGGGCAUGGAGACGGGCGCCAUCUCCGACGCACAGAUCUCCGCCUCCUCCAUGCACCUGGGCUUCCUGGGGCUGCAGCGCUGGGCCCCGGAGCUGGCCCGCCUGCACCGCACAGGCAUCGUCAAUGCCUGGACCGCCAGCAACUAUGACAGGGACCCCUGGAUCCAGGUGAACCUGCUGAGGAAGAUUCGGGUAACAGGUGUGGUGACACAGGGCGCCAGCCGUGCAGGCAGCGCCGAGUACCUCAAGUUCUUCAAGGUGGCCUACAGCCAGGAUGGACGUCAGUUCCAGUUCAUCAAGGACCCGGAGGGCACGACAGACAAGAUAUUUAAGGGGAAUGUGGACAACAAUGGUCUGAAGGUCAACAUAUUUGACUCCCCACUGGAAGUGCAGUAUGUGAGGCUGGUGCCCAUCAUCUGCCAAUGGGGUUGCACCCUACGCUUUGAGCUCCUGGGCUGUGAGCUGAAUGGAUGUUCAGAACCACUGGGCAUGAAAGACAACAUUAUCCUGGACAAGCAGAUCACAGCCUCCAGCUUUUACAGGACAUGGGGCCUGAACGCCUUCAGCUGGUACCCCUCCUAUGCACGGCUGGACAGGCAGGGCAAGUUCAACGCCUGGACUGCCCAGAGCAACUCACCCUCUGAGUGGCUGCAGAUUGACCUGGGCUCACAGAGGCAGGUGACGGGCAUCAUCACCCAGGGAGCCCGUGACUUUGGCCACAUCCAGUACGUGGCCGCCUACAAGGUAGCCCACAGUGACAACGGCCUGAACUGGACGGAGUACCGGGAACCUGGAGCCCUCGAGAGCAAGAUCUUCCAAGGGAACUUGGACAACAACUCCCACAAGAAGAAUGUGUUUGAGUGGCCUUUCCUUGCCCGCUUUGUGCGCAUCCUGCCCGUGGCCUGGCACAACCGAAUCACCCUGCGCGUGGAGCUGCUGGGCUGCUAGCCGGGGCCCAGCCGGCAGAAGCGGGGUGCCCCCUCCCUGCCCCUCCUGGCUGGCAGUGGGCCUGCUGCCUCCACCUCCACACUGACCUGUGAUUGUCUGAGCUGGGGGGAGGGCCUCCAGCCUCUCUCCCUUCCCCCUCCUCCCCCUCCUCCCAAGACCCUCCCCCCAGCCCUCCCUCCACUCCCCACCUGAGAUGACAGGAACAUGUGGGAUGUGGAGGACACUUCUCCAGAUCCCCUGGCUACCACCUGCCCCCUCCUCCAGUCUCUCCCACCCUACUGACCCAGGCAGGAAGCUGCCACUCUUAUCUCCACUUCUCUGUCUUCCUGGAGACCCUCCUGGCCUGGGAUUCCUGACAGAGACUGAAGUUGGGGGUGGGGGUGGGGUCUGUGUGGGGACAGGGGGUGGGCCUGGGCGCCCUCUGUGCUGGCUCUUCACCCCAGAGUCCACGGCAGCUUCAAAUAUAUUUAUGUCACCUCUGGA